AUGCAUAACUGUUUCAAGACAAUACCAGGUGAUCGCCCUGUUGCUCAACUCUAUUGUUUCGCAUGGGCUCAAGCGGUUUCCGCACUUGGAAACUGCUCUGAAAGGUUGGUGCACUUUCCACAUCCCCCGGGAUUCCGCAGAAAAACCAUAGAGAAUCGGAUUGAAUCACCGCUGACUGAAGCAUUCUGCGAAGUGGAUUUCGAUUUUCAGAUUCGGAAUCUCUGGAAAGAGUUGGAAAGUCCCAACCCCUUCUCCGUUAUUAUGAAGCGCAGACCAUCUGCCGGGCAAUUGGCCACAGGUGUUUUGCUCCUCUUGGAGGUCAGCCUUGGAACCAAGGUGCACAGCAAUGAAGGCAUCGAUGUUGCCUUCCAAGAGUUCAUGGCGCGCCAUGGUCGUAGCUACCUCCACGACUCUCAGGAAUACCUGGAGCGACGGGAACUCUUUGCGCAACGUCGAGCGGAGGUCAUGCAGCAGAACAACAGGUCAAGUCGCUGGACUGCGGGGCUGAACAAGUUCGCAGACUUCCGUCCCGAGGAGCUGAAGGUGCUGCAUGGCUACAAGCCGUCGCAGGUGCGUGACUCAGGACUCUCCUUGAUGCAAGAGGAAGAGACGCAUGCCAACCUUAAGGUGGCCCUACCCGAGGAGGUGGACUGGCGACACCUGAAAGAUGCCACGGAGAUUGUGGACCAGGGCUCCUGCGGCUCUUGCUGGGCCAUCAGUGCUACUACGGUGCUGAACGCCCAUAGCGAGAUCCACCGGAAGCGGGUGGCACGCUUUAGCACUCAGGAGAUGAUCAACUGCGUGCCAAACCCACAGGAAUGCGGUGGUUCUGGUGGCUGUCAGGGCGCCACAGUCGAGCUGGGCAUUGCUUGGGCUGUGCAGAAUGGCUUGAGCGAGGAAGGCCAAGUGCCUUACUUGGCCAGCGACGGUCGUUGUAGCAAGACUUCCCUCCUGGAAAGCAAGGGGCUCCGUGGUUCCAACAUGGGAGGCUCAGCCUUUGGCCUGACAGGCUUCCGUGUGUUGCCCAGCAACAAGGAGGAACCUUUGGCGCGUGCGUUGGCAGAGCUAGGGCCUGUGGCCGUGUCCGUGGCUGCCAACAACUGGUUCAACUACUACGGCGGCAUCUUUGACACCUGCGACAACAUCGUGAACCACGCCGUGACGCUCUACGGCUACGGCAGGAAGGGUGCUGACAAGUAUUGGCUGGUGAAGAAUUCCUGGGGUGAAGACUGGGGUGAAAACGGCUUCAUCCGCAUCCUUCGGCACCACAGCGAAGACGCCUUCUGCGGCAUUGACACCGACCCCUCCAAAGGCGUGGCUUGCAAGCACGGCCCCAAGGAAGUCGAGGUCUGCGGCACCUGCGGCAUCUUGUACGACUCCGUGGUGCCGCAGUUCGAAGAUGCCAAGGAAAAGGAGCUUUGGAUGGAAAGCCUGCAGAUGAGUCCACCGUCCGCAGAAAUUGGGGCGAAAAAGCUGCCAGUGGCUGCGGAGAAUCUGUGGAGUGACGAGUGUUUAACGGUUGGCCCCGCGCACGCGCCUGAUGCGCCGAUCCCUGAGCUGCCGGACCCCCUCCCGGAGGUGGUUCCCUCCAGCACGGUGGCCCUCUAUGUGGAGGGCUUCAAGGAGGAAGCCUUGGAUGGCUGGUAUCGUCGGCGCGACAAGUGCAUCAUCACUGGAAGCCCGGCCUUCUUCAAUAACAAACAAGGUUCGUCGAAGCUCUUCAUGUACAAACAGGCCUCAGGUCGUUGGGUCAUCUCGCCCGUCCGGGCUGGCAAAGAGGGCGAAGACGACUUGCUGAGGGCAGCUCGGCAAGGUCAGGAUAGAGGUGUUGCUUGCCAAAAGGCGGCGAGGGGUGGCUUCAACAAAUGGCGCGAGUUCUACCAAGGACGCUGGGUCGAGACCCGACUCACAGUCGAGAUGUUCGACUUCCAACAAUACGAGCAAGAGAGGCGUCGGUCCCAACUUGCUAGAGAGGAACGACAGGCGCACGCCUUGCCAGCACCCGUCGCACCCGUCGCACCGGCGCUCGCCCCGCCGAUCACGGCGAUGCCGCUGGCGCCGAGCGUGGCGCCGGUGGCGCCGUUGCCGAGGAAGGGCGAAAGCCAGUUGUGGUACCGUGCGGCGGAAUUGAGCAGUUGGGAGGCCGACACCAGCGGUCAUGGCAAGGACACCUGUGCCAAGUGCGUGCUGGUAGAGGGAUCGUGCAAUUUCGCACGCACGACUUGGUGCCGCUUCCUAUGGCAGUUUAAAAGAGGAAGCGAGCCCAACUACCAGUGGAUUUGGAUUCUGAUGUUUAACGCCUUGGGCAUUUUCAUCAGUUUCUUGAACUUCGUAGCCUAUUUUGACGCGCCACUGGCUCAUGUGGCUUACGCUGUGGAGCUCACGAACUUGGCUUGGCUAUUGGACUUUGUGCGCUUUGGCAUUCAUCCUGUUCGCAUUGUGGGUCUUUGUGAUGCGGGUGUGAUUGGUUGCAACUUUAGUGCCUUGAAAGCUCGGUUCGAUGGUGUGAUUGGUGGCCUUUGUCAGUAUUCUGUGGACGUAACGAAGUUGAUGAAACAUGAGGUUUGCAAUGUUGAGCAUUUGUUUCGGGUUUUGGAGGUUUGUUGUGGGGCUGGAUUUACCACUGAGGGGUUGCACGCUGCGGGUUUUGUGACUGACUUGGCCGUGGAUUUAAAUGAAUUGUUCACCAACAUGUUCCAUGCAAGACAUCAGACUGUGACGAUUACAGGGGACAUCAAUUCUGAUGAUGUUCUCCGGAUGAUUCACCGCACAGCCCCUGAUUGCAAAGUGUUGGCGGCUGGUCCAAUUUCGUUGGCACAGAUGCCCAAGCUGCCUUUUCCUGACCAGGUCAAGCAGGUAAUCCCCAGGCCAUUGACGCUGCCUGAUGAUGAACUGCAGCAGCUUGAACUUUCGGUGGAUGAAUAUCGUUUGUUUUUGCGUUUUUCAUCCCCUGCCUCUCAUGUCUUGCCUUUGCAUGGGGUUGCGCCUGCCAUGUCGCAUUCCUGUGGUUCACAGGUUUUGGCUUGUCCAUGUGGUUGCAGGCCUCCGUUCGAUGAAAGUAUCUUGGCCCGUGGAAUUUUUGGAUACCUUUUUCCGGUUGAGGGAGUCAUUGACAUUGAUGGCACCUUGCUUCCUCGGAUGAGGCAUCCACACCCAACUGAAGCUACUUUGAUCAAUGGUUGCAUCCCCAACCAUAUGUGGCCAGGUUCGCUGCGCCUUUGGCUUUCAGCCAUUGGACAACUCGCGGCCCCGUUCCAUGCUCUUUGGGUGGCAGGUCAGGUUCGGGUUCACAUUGAAAAACUUCACAUGGGUGAUUCGUCAUUUGACUUGUCGAAUGCCAUGAGCUUGCAUGCCCAGAAGUUGCUUGAGAUCAGCCAUCAACUGUUUGCAACUCCAGCUGUGCCCGCUUUGUCUUUGAAUGACGUUGAGUGUGAUGAUGUUCCAUGCCCUUGUGGAUUUGGUGUCGUUUCGUCAUUUGUCCCUUUGGUUCAUCUUGGUGAUCCUGCUUCGUUUGCCUUGGUUGAUCGGGAUUUUGGCACUACUCAAGUGAUCCGGCUUGAUUCCAGUGACUUGGCUUGUCAUCACUUGUUGGCAGCUGAAAGCCGAAUUUGCCCUGCCCGGUGCCCAUUGGAAUUUCAUGAUGGUCAGACUGGUGAACCUUGCAGCCUUGAUGUCAAGUUGGCCGGGAAAGUCAUUUGCGUCUCGUAUGUUCAUCACUCUCCACUUGAAUUUGCGAUAGAUGACGCUAGUUUUGGUGUUGAUCAUCACAUGGAUGCUGCCGAGCUUGGUUCCGUUGGUGUUGUGUCCACUGCCUUGGUGCCGUUGCAGGAAAGUGGACGUCCUGACCUUGACACUUGUGAGGUGUCUCGGACCAUUCCGUUUGCUGUUCCUUGUCCUUUGCCUGAGAUCUCGGCUGUUGGUGGUCAUGAGGUUGGUCACAAUGAGUCACUUGUUGCACACUCUGUCCCGCUUUUAGCUCCUGCUGUGGCUGUUGCCCCUUUGUCUGAAGAGCAAUUGCUUGAUCCCCUUGGUGCUUUGUCUGCUUCUCAGCUGAUGGAAGUGUUGGGCCCCAAGAUCAAUAGCAUUGCUUUCUUGGAUUCAAUUCGGAGUCAGUUGAUGGUUACUGCUGGUCGGUUGCAAAUUUUGGACAAACAAGGUAGUGUGAUGGCCGAUGAUGAGGUUCACUUUCAUGUCAAAAGAAUGAUUGAGGCCAGUGGACGCACUGACAUUGCGUUCUUGGAUCCUUUGUUGGCCACUGAGGGUACCCGUCGUCCUGUAGCCAAGAUGAUUCAAGAGUGGUUCGAUGGUCAGCGUGGAUCCCUCAAAGCCAUUGCGUCAGCAGUUUGGGUUGAUAAACAUUGGGUGCCGUUCUUUUGGACUUGGACCUCUGGCAGGUUGUUGGCUUCGUCUUGGGAUGUUGUUCGUGACUCGUGCACACCUCUUGCACUUUUGCACUCUGCUGUUGCUAAAGUUGUUGGUGUUGAGUCUUUCAUUGUUCAAGUUACUCACCGUAAUUUUGCUCCGGCUGAAUUUUGUGGAAUUGCUGCGGUCCGGUUCCUUGACUCCAUGAUUCGUGGCAAAAUGCUUCCCACUCAGCUUGAUGAGUGCAAAGUGCUCCACCAGGUUGCCAGGGAAAUCUUUGUCAAAGAGAUCACAGCCUUUGAGCAUGUUCCGCGUCCAUGGGCAUGGGCGAAUGGACUUGAGCCCCAUGCUCAUGCUAGGUUGCUUGAUCUCCUUGUGCAGCAUGGUGUGCCACCUGAGCAGUGUGAUGGUCGGAUUUCCUUGAUUAUCCAGGCAUUGGGCUUGGCGGAAGUUCAAAAGGUGUUGACCUCAGCGUCUCCUUGGCGAGGUUUAAAGUCCUUGGCCAAUCAGAAUCGUCCUGUGUUUCAACUGGUUCUUCCGGCAGAACUUGAAGCGGCCAUCCAGGUGAAACAAAAUAAGAAAAGCAGGACGGCAGCUCCCAAGCAGGUUGGUCCAAAGUCAGUUCCUGCCAAACCUGUCAUGCUGGAUCCGGCGAAGUUGGCAUUUGAAAAGGGUUUGUUUGUUUCGGAGUCGAACCAGCCAUUGAAACAGCUGCAAGUGUCUCAGCUUGGUCCGUUUGCGGAGGGUGUUGCCAUUUGCAAUCGUCCUAUGAUUGAGCAAUUCUUGAAGACCAAUCAAAAGGUUUCUCAGCAAUGCCUUGCGGUUUUCAUUGUCCAUGUUGAUGACCUUCCUGAUGUUGUUACCUUGUGCUGGUCUCAAAUUCGGAUUCCUUUGCGUUGCGUGACGAAUGGUGAGCCGCUCCUUGUCAGCGGGGUUUUGUUGCAACUUGGUGGAAAGCUUGUGGUGAAAGCUUCGGCUGAGAAGAUUGUUGAUCCUGCUGUUGCCGCUGCUGCGUGUGUUAAGAUUGCAGUCUACCAUGACUCUGUGCUUGGUUCGUGGCAAGAUGUUGUUCACAGCCCGAUUAAGUACAUUCUUCAGCAUGUGGUUUGCUUGAACACUUGUCGCCAAUCUGACUGCGUGAAAACUUGUGGGAUGUGGCAUGUGCCGGAUGAUAGCGAUGUGUCUGAUGUCAUUUUCGACUUGUGGCGUCGGCAGUGGGUUUCCAUGGGCUUCAAACCUUGUGAUCCUUCCAAGGCUGAGGUUUUCUUGGUCAACAUUCGCUAUGCCAAGUCUGUGGAGCUGCUGAUGCUGAAGAGCUCCGGGGUUGCUGGUAUCUUUCUGGAGCCUCGCUCGCUUGAUGCCAAGCAGCCUAAUCUGGACUUUCAGGUGGUUUGGCUCCCACGUGCCACUCCUGCUGAGGUUCAGCAUGCGGCGCAGUGCACAGCGUCAGUCAUUGGCAUUGUUCGCAUGGGUUCCAGGUUUGGAGUGCGGGUUGCAACUUGUGACAUGGCUGCAGUCAGUAGCAUCCUUCGUCCAGGUCCAGUGUUCAUGCCCUGUGUGCCAGCAUCAAGUGGAAAGCAAAACCGGUUUCUCCUCUCAGUGUCUGGCAGUGGUGUGGUUUGGUUGAUGCAUGCUGCUGACGAUCCCGUUGACAACAUUGUCACGGCGAAAUUUGGUGAUGUUGUGAUUUCGAAACUUCCGUUGAAAACUUCAAAACCUGUUCCGAAUGCAUUGAUUGCGUCCUCUGCGACCAUGAAGCUUUGUGUUGCUGAUGACAUGGGGAAUUGUGGUGAUGAUCCUUGGCUUGUGGCGGAUCCGUGGCAGGCUCCCAUUGCCAAGUUGUCGGUCCCUGCUCCGGUGUUGCCUUCUGCUGAUCACUUGCGUGAAGCCGAAGCUCGCAUUGAAUCAGCCAUCCUUCAGAAGCUUCAGCCUCAGGUCCCCAUGGAGACGGAUGAAGCUGAGAAGCGAGUUGACCAGCUGGCGCAUGACACGGAUGUCCGCUUUCAGCUCAGUGGUGGAGGCCAGGGUUUUUGUUCCAGUGACUCUCCGCUUGGUUUUGAUCCGUUGCUUCGGACCUGUGUGGCCCAGUGCUUGGUGAUCAUACUUUUGUUCGGUUUGGGUCUUCAAUUGGCCCUUUGGUUUGAGUCCGUUUUGAUUUUGGCGCUGCUUGGGUCGGCUUUGGGGUUGUCGGUCCUUGCUGGGCAGCUUCCUUUUCCUCACAGAGGCUUCAAGAGUUUUGGUGGCAUCGGCAAUAGCGUUUUGGGGUCGCUCCGGCCCGUUUGGCUUCUCGUUGUCGUUUGGACCUUGCAGUGUCGGAUCGGCGAAGCAGCUGUUCCUGGUCCCAAUGCUGCGUCUUGGUCGCUUGGGGUUUGCAACCCUUCUGGGUUGAUGGGAAAAACACAUCUUCUUUCAACUGAUGUGGACAUUUGGCUUGUGUGUGAAACGCAUUUUAGUGUUCAUGGUUGUCGCAAUUUUGGCAAAAGCUUGCGUGCCACUGCUUCGCCUUUCAAAUGGUUUGUGCAUGGUGUUGGUGCGCCUGUUCGCUCCAUUGCAUCUGAUCUUGGGAAGUGGACCGGUGUUGGAGUUUUGUCUCAGCAUCCUUCCCGGGCGGUUCCUGCGGGUCUUAGUGAUGAGUUGCUUGACACUGGCCGUGUUGUGGUUUCUACGACUCAUGUUGCUGGCAUUUGGCUCACUGGCUUGGUCAUGUAUGGUGCGCCUACUGGGCCGACGCAUCCACAAGCUAAAGCUUUUACCAAUCGCAUGUUACAUCAAGUGGUGGAUCGCAUUCAGUGCGCCCGUGGGCCCAGGUUCGUGGCGGGCGAUUGGAAUCAUGACUUGGACUCUCUUGAGGCCGUUGGUCGUUUGAUUUCGCUUGGAUUUGUCGAGGUUCAGGAUCUUUACGCCUCUCGAUCCGGAAUCUGCCCUCGGGCGACGUGCCGUGGCAAGACUCGCCGUGACUUCCUUUUCAUCUCUGCUGAGUUGAUCCCUGCCUUUCGUAUGUGUUGGCUUGAUGACCAUGCUUGGGUUGAUCAUUCGGCCCUGGUUGCUGAGUUUGAUGCUUCUCCGUCGGCGUUUGUGCAAUUUCCUUGGCCCACCCCUCAUAAGAUCAAUUGGGCUGCUGCUGAUGCUCGCCGGCCUGCAGCACCUGUUGCUGAUGCACUUGCCGACCCCAGUGCUGGCUACCGUCGCUUUUGGCAGGAAGUUGAAGCUUCUGCUUCUGCGGUCUUUGCUUCCCAAAACCGGCGGUUGUUGCCCAAUCAGUUUGGUCGUGGUUCGCGAUUUCAACCGUGUGUUUGUCACCAUGUGCCCCCUCCAAAGUGUGGUCGGCGUGGGGAAUUGCAGCCUACCUUUCUUGGCCAUUCUUGGAUCCACUCUAUGAUGUUUCGUCAAGUGCGUCGUUUGCAGUCAUAUGCUCGCCUUGCUGCCAGUUUGCAACAUUCUCCCUCUCAUACUGAACACCGCAUUGCCUUGUGGAAAUCCAUUUUGAAUGCGCGUGGCUUUAAGCCCACGUUUGCAGAAUGGUGGCAUGACUUGGAUCGCAAUGUUGGCGAACCGUUGAAUCUCCCUCUGGUUGCUCCUGGGUCUGCCAUGGCUUGUCGUGUUUUUCAGCGGGUGGAGUUUGAGACUCGGAAAAUUGAGAAUGUCCUUGUCAAACAAACUCGUCGGGCUGCUUCCUUGAAGCGGUCAAGGGAUGUGAAUGCCUUGUACAAGGUUGUUAAGCGUGACAUGCCCCUGCCUGUUGAUACUUUGGUCAAUCCUUGUCACUUUGUGAUUUCCGCUGUCGAUCCUGAUGAUCUCUCUCUUGAAGUUGAGCCAGCUGGUGUUCUUGCUGAUCUUCCCACCUUUGUGGGGGGACGUCCUGUUGAUCCGAUUCAUGUUGAACAUGAUAAGCUGUGGCUCCCUGAUGUAUCUGGAUUCGAUGUUGGCGAUUCGGUCGUCCAACACCGGGCUGGUGGCCAGUUGCAUGACAUUUUUGCUGCCUUCUCUGAACAUUGGAAUGCCUUUUGGCAACGGCAUGCUGACAUGCCAUCGGAAGCUUGGAACAGGGUUUUUGCGUUUGCUGAUCGGGUUUUGCGACCUGUUGAUGUUCCUCCUGUUGAUCUUACCGUGGACUUGUUCCAUUCUGUUGUUGCGGGCAAAAAGAAUCGUGCUGCCAUAGGACUUGAUGGUGUAUCCAAACUUGACCUUCAGUCUCUUCGCCCUUCUGAGGUUUCUCAAAUUUUGGCUUUCUACAAGCAUGCUGCUUGCACUGGCACUUGGCCAGAGCAACUGUGUGUUGGAGCGGUCAAGUCUUUGGCAAAAUCUGCAAACCCCCUUGGUACUAAUGACUAUCGACCAAUUUGCGUGUUCAGUUUGGUUUACCGUGUCUGGUCUACGAUUCAAUCCAAAUACUGGUUGCACACGUUGGAUUCCUUUUGGCAUGAUGAUCUCUUUGGCAGUCGACCUGGCCGCCGCGCGGCCCACCUCUGGCGUGUCAUUGUGGAUUGCGUUCAGGAUUCUUAUGUGCAUGAUGUUGCUCAUUCCGGGUUGGUUCUUGACCUUACUAAAGCUUUCAACACGCUGCCGAGAGUUCCUGUGCUGGGACUGGCUCUGAAAUGUGGGGUUGAUUUUGGGAUUGUCCAGGCAUGGGCUGGUUUUCUUGGUGGCAUGCAGAGGCGCUUUGUGGUCCGCAAUUCUCUUGGGCCCCCAGUCUCCAGCACCUGUGGGGUGCCAGAGGGUUCCGGGCUAUCUUGCUUGGCCAUGUUGAUGAUACACCAGCUUCUUCAUUCUUGGCUUGCUGCGUUUGCUCCUAGGGUCCGUUGCUUCAGCUAUGUUGACAAUUGGGAGCUUGUCUCGACGGAUGCUGAAUGCUUGUUGCGUGCCAAUCGUUCAAUCUUGGAGUUCGCUCGCUUGCUUGACUUGACGCUGGAUACCUCGAAAACUGUUGCUUGGUCGACUGAUCGUGGCAUUCGUCGGCAGCUUCGCCAAUCGGGUUUCACUGUGUCUUUGUCAGGGCGUGACCUGGGGGCCCAUGUGGUGUAUUCUCGGCAGAUCCGGAACCAGACUAUCCAGCUUCGGAUUUCUGACCUCCAAGACUUCUGGAACAAAUUGCGGGGUGCUUUUGGUGCGUACAAGCAAAAGGUUCGUGUUGUGGUUACUGCGGCUUGGCCGCGAAUUUUUCAUGGAAUCAGUGCUAGUGUGCUUGGCUUGAAACACUUUGCUGAACUUCGCACUGAGUUCAUGCGUGCGGUUGACGCUGCUCGCCCGCAAGCGAGCCCGUAUCUCCACAUGAUCUUGGAAGGUUUGCAUUUGGAUCCACAACCCCAAUAG